AUGUAUAAUCAUACAAAUCAAACAGGGACGAAUCCAUGGGCGGACAGUGAUUGGAAGAAAUUAACUGUAUUUCGGGAGCAGGUUGUAUUGACGUGUAAAAUCCUAUUAAUUAUUUUCGUUACUUGUACAAUUUUGGGGAACACUUUGGUUUUGGUGGCGACCUGGAGAGAAAGCAGUCUUCAUCAACCAAAUAAAUAUUUUGUUGCUUGUCUGGCUGUCGCUGAUCUUUUGGUUGGUAUGAUUUUAGAACCAUUGACGCUGUAUCAACUCAGUCUUCUUGUUGAAUCGCGACGUACCAUGUCUAUUCACCUAUGUCGUUUUACGGUGUGGAUAGAUACCUUCGCGUUAUCAGCAUCUAUUUAUACACUGACAUUCAUCAGUUUUGACCGAUAUCUGAAGAUCAGGAAGCCACUUCAAUAUAGAUCCAGAAUGACAACUUCCAAAUCAUUGAAAAUUAUCUUUAUCAUUUGGUUGAUUUCAACUGCCUUUGCCACCUACGCCGCCACUCCUGAUUCAGGAAGCGGAGGAAUCUUGUUUACAAGCAUCAGAUAUUGCAGCCCUUUCGAUGGUAAUAAAUUAAAAGUAUUCAAUACUUUUGUAGCGGUAAGUGCAUUUUUUCUACCCACCGUAGUCAUACUAGUUAUGUACGCUCUCAUUUUUGUUGUUGUUCAUAAACGACAAAAGAUGCUGAGAAAUGGGGAACUGGGUCAAACCUGCAAUGUUCAGAACCAACGAAGUGCCUUUCUACAAGAUCUGAAGACUAUCCGAAUGUUAUUGGUUGUCGUUGGAGUGUUUAUACUUUGUUGGGGUCCUCACUUUAUUUGUCUGAUGCUGGCGUUUUACUAUCCAAAUUUUGUUGAUAACGACAACCGCUCAUUAAGUUACUGGUAUUUGUUCUAUGCAGGUGAGACACUAAUAAUCACACUCCCACUCUUUAACAGUCUAUGCAAUCCAAUAAUUUAUGCCUGUCUCGACAAAACGUACAGAGAGGCUUUCAAAAAUCUGUUUCAGCGAAUGAUGUGCCGACCAAGCUCAAGAAGACGACAACCACCUGA